AUGAACACCUCGGGUCCUCAGAAAAAGAGAAGCUACAUGGGACAGCACCAGGUCAAAAAGAAAACAAGCUUCCAAGCUCAUGAUGAGCCACCAAACGGAGACAGACAGAAAACAAGCCUGUCAGACAAAACAAACGGAUCACAGAACAGCAACAAAGACAACCGCACGAACGGAGGAGCUGUGUUUCUGCUGGGAGAGUCCACUUUAGCUCUCAGUGAAGAGGUCCUGCAGGCGCUAGAUGUUGUGGACCCUGUGAAGCCCGCAGUAAACAGACAUACCCCGGAAAGACCAUCAUCAGCAUCAACUCCCUUUGCCCCUUUACGCCCCCUUGAACUAGUUGCACAAAAUGAAAAGGAGAGAGAUUUGGUGCAGGUCAGAGAUAGAGCAUCUUUUCACCCCUCAGACAAAAGAUCGCACAGACACCCUUGCCCUCUGGAUGGAGUCUGUGAGCCUAGAGGAGAUAGCAAGCGAGCGAGGUGGAGAGCUGACUGCAAAGAGCUUGCUCAAAAGCUUCUCUUCAGUGAGGACUCGGAGGAAGUGGAACAUCCACAGAGCACUACUUCAAAGCUUGCUUCUGCCGUUGUCAACGUUGUAGCUUGCCAGAACACACAAAACAGUCAGCAAGCAGGCAGAUCCAGCAUCCAGAAGCUUGUGUCUAAAAGAAAGAGUUCUCCUUUUAGUGAAGACAAAAAUGGGUCAAGUAAGAAUGGCCAUCUAUCCAGGGACUACAUCUUGUUCAGCCCCACCCAUCUCGCGGCAGCUAUGAAGAGGGCCAAACUCCAGCGAUCGUUACAGAGUCAGUCUGCUUCUGUGCUCACAGUCCCCAGCGGCUUAGAGCUCAGCACUCUCAGUGACACGUUGCCUCAUCCAGGUCCUGCCUUGUGUGCUCCUCCUGACCAAGCUGAAAAGCUGUUGCUUUCCAACUGGGGCUUACCAAAACCUGUGCUGGAUCGAUACCAGAAACAUGGAGUGACUCGGAUGUUUGAGUGGCAGGCUCAGUGCCUUGCUGUUGGACAGGUGCUGCGGGGAGGUAACCUGGUGUAUUCUGCCCCUACUAGUGCUGGAAAAACUCUGGUGUCAGAGCUGUUGAUGUUAAAGCGUGUGUUGGAGACAAAAAGAAAAGCUCUCUUCAUCCUGCCAUUUGUCUCUGUUGCAAAAGAGAAGAUGCAUUACCUUCAGAGCAUAUUUGAAGAGGCAGGAGUUCGGGUGGAGGGGUACAUGGGCAGCACCUCUGCUGCUGGAGGGUUCACAGCUCUGGAUGUAGCUGUUUGCACCAUAGAAAAAGCCAACUCUCUUAUUAACAGACUCAUUGAAGAGAAUAGUAUGACUCUUCUAGGUAUGGUGGUAGUAGAUGAGCUGCAUAUGGUUGGAGAUUCUGGAAGAGGAUACCUGCUGGAAUUGCUCUUAACUAAAAUCCGCUACAUUGCACAGAAGCAGAACAGCAUGGGGUCUCUUUCUGAGGGCAUUCAAAUAAUCGGUAUGAGUGCCACUUUGCCAAACCUCUCGCUCCUGGCUAGCUGGUUAGGUGCAGAGCUGUACCAGACAGACUAUAGACCCGUACCCCUGCAGGAGCACCUCAAGGUGGGCUGCAACAUCUAUGACCAGAGCCUCUCUGUGGUCCGACAUUUUAACCCUGCACUCCACGUUAAGGGUGAUGAUGACCACGUAGUGAGCUUGUGCUAUGAGACAGCGAGAGAGGGCCACUGCGUGCUGCUAUUCUGCCCUUCAAAGAACUGGUGUGAGAAACUGGCAGAUACUAUCGCGAGAGAGUUUUACAACCUCAGACAUGCUGAGCGUCAGAGCGAAGCUGAGCCUCAGCCAGUGCGUCUGGAUCAGGAGGGACUAGUGGAUGUAAUAGCUCAAUUAAGACGAACUCCAGCUGGUUUGGACCCCAUCCUGCAGCGCACUGUGCCAUGGGGUGUGGCCUUCCACCAUGCUGGAUUAACAUUCGAUGAACGUGACGUGUUGGAGGGAGCUUUUCGCCAGGGCAUGAUCAGAGUCCUGGCUGCCACCUCGACCCUCUCAUCAGGGGUUAAUCUCCCAGCGCGCAGGGUCAUCAUUCGAACUCCCACAUUCAACGGUCACUUGCUGGAUCCGCUCACAUACAAACAGAUGGCAGGACGAGCAGGGAGAAAAGGAAUUGACACUACAGGUGAAAGUGUGCUGGUGUGUAAGGAGGCAGAGCGUCAGAAAGGUAUCACUCUGCUUAAAGGUGCUCUUCAGCCAAUCAGCAGCUGCCUGGUGAGAAGAGAGGGUGAAGGUGUUACCACUAGCAUGCUACGAGCCAUCCUGGAGAUAAUCGUUGGAGGUGUAGCCAGCACUCCGCAAGAUGUGAGAUUGUAUGCUUCGUGCUCACUUCUGGCUGCCAGCAUGAAAUGUCACGGCAAAAAAGUCUCCAAAGAAGAGACCAGUAAAGGCUCUAUUGAGACCUGUGUUGAAUGGUUGAUGGAGAAUGAAUUUAUUAACAUUCAAAAAGAUGGACAAGACGAGCGGUACUGUCCAACUCAACUUGGCGCCGCCACCCUUUCUUCCUCCCUAUCUCCUCCUGAGGCUUUAGGAAUAUUUGCAGACCUGCAGCGGGCCAUGAAGGGCUUUGUCCUAGAAAAUGAUUUGCACAUUUUGUACCUGAUCACUCCACUGUACGCAGAGUGGACCACCAUAGAUUGGUAUCAGUUCUUCUGUCUGUGGGAGCAGCUGUCAUCAUCGAUGAAGAGAGUAGCAGAACUGGUUGGCGUCCAGGAAGGCUUUUUGGCACGAUCUGUCAGCGGGAAACUUGUUGCCAAGACAGAAAAGCAGCACAGACAAAUGGCUAUUCAUAAACGGUUUUUCACAACUCUUGUACUGCAGGAUCUGGUGAAUGAGGUGCCUUUGGGAACUGUUGCAAACAAAUACAACUGCAGUCGUGGGCAGUUACAAUCUCUGCAGCAGUCUGCUUCCACGUAUGCAGGUAUGGUAACUGUGUUCUGCAAGCGUCUCGGCUGGCACAACAUGGAACUGCUUUUAUCCCAGUACCAGACCAGGUUGAGCUUUGGAGUCCAGAGGGAGCUGGUCGACCUGGUCAGAGUUUCCCUUCUGAAUGCAACUCGAGCCAGAGCGCUCUACGCCCAAGGCCUCUGCACUGUCGCAGAGCUGGCCAGGGCCACCGUAGCUGAUGUUGAGAAAGCCCUGCGGAGUGCCAUCCCAUUUAAGAGCUCCAAGCGUGCAGUGGAUGAGAGUGAAGUGGAGGCAGCUGAGAGACGAAGCCUCCGAUGUGUCUGGGUGACCGGUGGACGGGCUCUCACAGAACAGGAGGCAGCUGUUGAGAUAGUGUCUGAGGCAAGGCUCCUUCUUCAAGAAGACCUGGCCCAGUUAGGAAUUCACUGGGAUCCUACAAGUCUUCCUCCUGGGGCUCCUGCUGUAAAUAGCCCUGAUGACCAUCACUCUGGGGAUUCAGACACCUCGUCCUCCUCGUGUCUCAGUGUACAAGAACCAGAGACAAACAAUGAUCAUGGAGAAGAGAUUAGGGAAAGCUUUAAAAGUGAUGAAAAGAUGUCUGAAGUGAAAAUGGAGGGAAGGAACAGCAGGCAAAAAGGGGAAGCAGGAAAAGAGCAGGGGAUGUUAGGAGUGAUGGAAUCAAAGAAAACACUGGAAGAUCCCAGAAAGGCAGGCAGAUCUGACCCAGAAAUCGGGGAAGCAAACAGUGAAGUUAAAGUGGAAAGAAAAAAUGAAACAUCAAAAGCAGUGACAAAGAAAUCAAUAACAAAUGCUGCAAAAAAUCAAGGUGAAAACGCAGAGAACAUAGGGUCAGAGCAGGAAGAGAAGGAGUGCCACAAAGCAAAGCAAAAAGAAAGAGACGCAGAUAGAGUCACGGUCUCAAUCAGGCCAAAGAAUUAUCAAGUAAAUCAGCCUGUUCCUGAACAGAGCCUAACACAGGAGUUGGCUGAGAUUAUAUCUAGCCCCCUGCCUGUGCCUGCACCGGGACCACAGCCUCAGGCCUCACCUUCUCCAAUACUGCUUCCACGUUUUAGAGCGCCAAUAUCAUGGGCAGAACAACAGCAAACUGUUUCCACAAGGACAGUGAAAGGAGACUGCACCACAGGACUUACUGUUUCACCUGUGCAGCCUGGUAUACUGAAGAGAGCCUUAAGAAAAGUCCUGCACUCCAUACAGACUGACAAAAAUCUGCAAGAUAACGUUGAGACCGCAGAAACGUCACACUCGAAACCUGCAAUAGUUUCUUCAGUCAAAAAUUCAGCUCAUUCGGGUCAGCUGCUAGUAACUAUUCCUGCCCCUCACCCUAUGCACGAAACUCCUCCUCGUACUUCUGCACCUACAAAUCCAGACACAUUAAACUCUCCCCUCUCUGACUCCUCUGCCGCUGUUUCUGAGGCCAAGCGAAGACGGAUGGAUGGCAGAGAGAAGUUUUCAUCUCCUGAGCUCUACGGAGGAGAUAAGACAGAUGAUGAAAUUGAGGGGGAUGUUAAAAUGGGAGAAGAGAGUUUUGGUGACAGCUUUGAACUGGACACUCAGACUGAGAGAAUCAUUGUUCAACAGACAGAUGAGGAGGUCAGAUGUAUGGAUCAGGCAGUUGAAACAAAAAAGAGAAGAGAAGAUAAAUUGUUGGAAGUAGCUGCAGGUCUGGAGGAAAAUGGACAUGAAAGAACAAAUGGGCUUAAAGGGCCAGACAAAGCACACCCCAGCUUCAAUAUUUCUCUCACAGAUAGCCAGAUGGAGCUCAUCCUCAAUACCAGCCAUCAGAUUUCCCCUGAGCCAGGAGGUGGUGAUAACAUGGAUAAAGAUGAAAAUGAAGGUGCAUUUAAUGAUGAGGCCCCGGAUCCUAAUCAGACCUCUUCUGUGAGUCUUAACAGAAGCAGUAGCUUCCUUUUUGACAGCUUAUAUCACAGCCCUCUGCUGGCGGAUCUGAGCCCCCACCAGAUCCCUGACAAAUCAGAUGAGGAGGAAUCUAUAAGCCAGGAGGUGAAAGAAAAGCGUGCUUCAUCGACCCAGGAGAGACGACGCAGUGAGCUUCUUGCCAACCAGGAAGCAGAGAAACAGGAGGCAAUCCAAUGGGGCGAGUCUUUCUUUAACCUGUCAGAGUGGGGUGACUCGCUGCUGAUCGGUGAACACUAUCUGGAAAGGCAGAGUUUGUUCAGACAAGCAGACGGUACUGAACAAGAGCAUGAGCAAGUGAACCCAGAAGAGAAUGUUCUGUGUGAAGGACAGAUGCAGCCACAACUCACUACUACACCUCAAAAUGAACAUGAUGAGAAAAAUCGACGUCAUCUAAAAAACAUUAAACAGCGUAGCACACAAGAAAGUGUUAAACCAGGAGGGAGACAGGAAAUAGGUAUUGAAGAUGUUGAAAAUGCAAAACAUGUAGAGACUAAAGGAGAAGAGAAGGAAAAUAAAAAGAAAAUGGAUGCCAUAUUGUCACAUAAUACAGUUUUUAAACAACCCUUUCUGCAAAAUGCUCCAGAAAGUGCAUUUGAUUGUAGCCCUGGUUUACAAGAGAUCUUUGACCGCUGGCCUAGCAUGUCUGACCAGCCCUUGCAAAACACAACAGAAGGCCUGACAGUCAUUCAAACGCACGCUGCUGCUGCUGCAAACACAGCUGGUGCUCCACUGAUACCAGAGUCCUCGAAGCAAGCAGGCAAAAAGAGGGAGAAGUUACAGCAAUCUGCUGCUACAAGUAACUCUCAAGAAGGACGACCUUUAAGAAGUGACAGUGAAAAUUUACUAGAAAGACCAGGCUCUGCUGGUGACCUCAUUCCCCCAACUCAGGAAACACCACCUGUUACACCGAGAGUAAAGCUGACCACCUCAUCCAUCCAGUCACCACUGAACCAGUCGACUCCGUCAAGCCGCUUUCAAGAAAAAUUGGCAAUUGCAAAAUGUCCUAAAACUCCCACAGGAAACCAUAAUCUUCGAUCAGUAGUUUCUGCUUCUGACAAUAAGCUGCAGUCAAAUUUGAAAACCACAUCCACCAGCGAGACCCUCGGCCCUCCCCGACACUCUGUUCCUCCAUCCUCCCCACAGCCACAGCCUCUUUCUGAUACAGAAUCACCUGUGUUUCACGAAAGCUUCACGCUUCAGCUGUCCCAGGAUGCAUCUGUAUGUUCCAGCAACUCCGGGACUUUCUCCAUCAUAGACGUGGCAAGCGACAGGCGCCUCUUUGAAACGUUCAUUAAAGAGUGGAAAACAAAACAGCGCUACUCUCUGGCUUUGGCCUGUGAAAGGACAGAGCAGCCUGAGGGGGAAAUAGGAGGGAAACACAAGAGAGGGUCAGCAGCUCAGCACAGGCUCAACACGCCUGUUGGAUUUCCAUUAAGGAACAGCGAAGGGCUUGUUCUGAUCGGAUUGUCUGUAUGCUGGGGAGGAAGAGACGCAUACUAUGUAUCUCUGCAGCAAGAGCAGAGCAAAGGCCUGAGCUCCAGUCUGGCCCCUCCUCCACUGGAUAAUGACUUGCCAGUAAAUGAGAGGCUGGAGCAGGUGAAAGCUUGUCUGAGCAGCCAAUCAGCUGGUCAUGAAGUGCGUGCGGUAGUUGUAUAUGACAUCAUACAGGUGUACAAGACGCUUGUACUGAGCUGUGGAAUCAGCUUGGAAGGAAACUGUGAAGACCCAAAGGUUGCGUGUUGGCUGCUGGACCCUGGCAGUGAGGAGAGGACUUUACCCAACAUGGUCACUGUCUACUGUCCAGAAGAGUUACCGCUGCUGGACGGAUUUGGAAAUGCACAUUCACACUGUCCCCGUGUUAGGGUGGCAACCACAAGCGUGCUCAUACACACCAUCAUGAACCAUCUGACCGGCAUGCUAGAGAAAGAGGGCACACUGGAUUUCUUCAGGAGCAUAGAGAUGCCUUCCCAGGUUUGUUUGGCCCUGCUGGAACUGAACGGAGUCGGCUUCAGUGUUGAAGAGUGUGAACGACAAAAACACGUCAUGCAAGCCAAACUGUCUGCGCUGGAAUCUGAAGCUUACGCUCUGGCUGGACACAGCUUCUCCCUCACCUGCGUCGAUGACAUUGCACAGGUGUUGUUCUUAGAACUCCACCUACCUCCAAAUGGUGACGUAGGUGGAUCAAAAAGUAAGAAAACUCUGGGAUACACGAGGAGGGCAGGUGGCAGAGUGCGACUUGGGAAGCAGUUCAGCACCACAAAGGAUGUUCUGGAGAAACUUCGCCCGCUGCACACGUUGCCAGGUGUAAUUCUGGAGUGGAGACGUAUCACUAACGCCUUGACUAAAGUGGUCUUUCCUCUGCAGAGGGAAAAACAAUACCACCCCACACUGGAGAUGGACAGGAUAUACCCCAUCGCUCAAACACACACAGCCACAGGUAGAGUGAGUUUCACCGAGCCAAACAUACAGAACGUCCCCAAAGACUUUGAGAUUCACAUGCCCACCACGGUGGGUGAGAGCCCACCUUCACAAGAUGGCUGUUACAGGAUGACCAAAGCAGGAAAGAGGAGCCGCUCUGUGGUAUCUUCAGUCGCAGCUGGAACUUCAGAACAAGGCCCUGCCUUCUCUGUUAGCAUGAGACAUGCUUUCAUUCCUUUUUCAGGUGGAAUGAUAUUAGCAGCUGAUUACUCCCAGCUGGAGUUGAGAGUGCUAGCUCAUCUCUCAAAGGAUCAGCGUCUCCUGCAGGUGCUGAAUGGUGGAGCAGAUGUGUUUCGCUGCAUUGCGGCUGAGUGGAAGAGUGUCGAGCCGGAGUCAGUGAAUGACAGCCUCAGACAACAGGCAAAACAGAUUUGCUAUGGCAUCAUCUACGGGAUGGGAGCAAAGUCUUUGGGGGAGCAAAUGGGAGUGGAUGAGAAUGAUGCAGCAUGCUACAUUGAGAGUUUCAAAGCCAGAUACAAAGGGAUCAAUGCUUUUCUUAAACAGACUGUGAGGAACUGUAUAAAGGACGGCUAUGUCCAGACGCUGAUGGGUCGCAGAAGAUAUCUACCUGGAAUAACCAGCAACAAUGCGCACAUUAAAGCUCACGCAGAGCGGCAGGCAGUGAACACAACCGUACAGGGCUCUGCAGCUGAUAUUGUUAAACUUGCCACUGUCAACAUCCAGAAACGGCUACGAAAUACGUAUCCUGCAGCUCCUCUGUCUCACCAGCACACAAAUUCAGUCCGUAAUCAUCGCAGAGCUGGAAGAUCUCAACUCAGAGGAGCUUACUUCAUCCUGCAGCUGCAUGAUGAACUCAUCUACGAAGCCACAGAAGAAGACCUCAUACAGGUUGCACAGAUAGUCAAGAGAGAGAUGGAGUCAGCAGUGAAACUCUAUGUGAAGUUGAAGGCCAAAGUCAAAGUGGGACCCAGCUGGGGGAACCUGCAGGACCUCGAUAUAUGAAAUGUUACAGUUUGAUAUUUAAACCAGACACAAUGCACUUUUCCUCAGUUAUUAAUAUGUAGAUACUGUGUUAUGUUUUUAAUCACUACAGUGGCAAUGAUGAAAUGUAGCA